CCGAGGCAGCAACAGCAUGCUGGUUAGAGAGGAGCGGCAGCCACGUCUCUGCCGGUGCCCCCUCCUCCCUCUGCCCAGACAUUUGAGCUGAGCUGUCCAGCUUGCAGGCACCCUCAUCACCGGAGCUACAGGGAGGGCUAAAAAUAACCUGAAGAGCAGCCACCAUCCAGGGUGCAGGUGCUGGGUGAGGACACAGGAUCCCAGGGACCCUGUGUGGAGGACCAGGCAGAGCACUUCUGUCCCUCACUCAGGCCCCACCCAGGCUCUCGUCCCUCCUCCCUGUUAACCCCUUUUGCCUCCUCUCCCAGGCCCGAGGAGGUCACUCGUCCUGGAGGAAACUCUGCCACCAGCCUCAAGAUGGGCCGCUGCGGCAGGAAGGUCCUUCAGGCUCUGAGUUUCCUGUUGCUGCUGGGCGCCAGCUCUGCCCAGGGCACCUGGGAGGUAAUGCUGUCGGCCAGGCUGGCCGAGAAGUCCCGAGCUGAAGAGGGUACGCCAACGGGCCCCCGGCAGCCCCGCGCAGACCGCUGCCCACCACCCCCACGGACGCUGCCCCCAGGUGCCUGCCAGGCCACACGCUGCCAGGCCGACUCCCAGUGCCCGCGACACAGGCGUUGCUGUUACAACGGCUGUGCCUACGCCUGCCUGGAGGCUGUGCCACCUCCACCAGUUCUAGACUGGCUGGUGCAGCCCAAACCCCGAUGGCUUGGUGGCAACGGCUGGCUGCUGGAUGGUCCUGAGGAGGUGUUGCAAGCAGAGGCAUGCAGCACCACUGAGGAUGGGGCGGAGCCACUACUCUGUCCCUCAGGCUAUGAGUGCCACAUCCUGCGCCCAGGGGACCCAGCCCAGGGCAUACCCAACCAUGGGCAGUGCGUCAAGCAGCGCCGACAGACAGAAGGGCGGAUCCUGCGACAGAAGCUUCACAAGGAAUACCCAGAAGGUGACUCCAAGAAUGUGGCGGAACCUGGAAAGGGACAACAGAGGCACUUUCAAUAAAGCAAGACUGGCAGCUUUUGAGGGACCCCCUCCUAUGCUUUCCACAUGCUAAGCCUUGGAAACAGGAAAAUAAUUUGACCCCAGACAUCACACCCAGUUCCACAGAAGAGAACUCUGGAGCUCUAGGAAAUGGGACUCUAGAUUCCCAACCCCAGUGUGGCCCAGCCUGGUGUGGUAACUUGGGGGGAAGCCCCUGACGAGCUCUGGGUCCCUGCUCAGCACCCUGGUCACACAAGCCUGCAGCUUCGAGGUGACUUUUACAGAUUUUGACUGUGGAAGACAUAUAUCCAAUCCAAUUGUUCCUAAAAUAAAUUUGCCCACCGCAUAGUGGAAAAUGAACUCCUUUAUCAAACUUGA